GGUUACUCCCGGCAAAAACCUGUAGAGCUGCUAAAAGCCCCAUUCCAAGCUUAUGCUCUCGUUUACUCGCAGAUUCCGGACUCUGUCCUCGUCUCUAUGCUCCAAAUCUCAUCAAUUUCGAUCGGUCCGAACGGACGCCGGACCGCCCAAGCGGCGGUCAAAGCCUAACGCAUUCGCCGCAAAGAAGCUCGACGAGAAGUCCGAAUGGUGGGCCGUUGACGGCGAAAUGCACGAAAUCGGCGACAAUGUGCCCCUACGUGAGCGCUUCGUUAUACCCCGAGAGAAUAUCCCCAAUCGGCGUCGAAAGCAGCUCAGGGAUCAGUUCAUGCGUCGGACUCGACUCGUUCUCAAGGAAUCUGAGCACGAGCCUUGGUGCAAAAAGUACAUGGAGCUUUAUCAGGAGCUAAGGGAGAACUGGGAGCGGCUGUACUGGGAUGAGGGUUACUCUAAAAAACAUGCCCAGGAACAUACAAAUUAUGAGUCUGCUGACGACGAGGAUUUUUCCCCUUAUAGGAAUAGGCAAUUCAGUGCUGAUCGAAGUAAGGAACAGGAUUUUAGGAGGAACAUGCAAGGUGGUAACUGGGAGAAGGUCAGCCAAAUUAGAGAUAAGUUUGAAUACGACAGGGAGAAAAGAAUGAGAGAGAGAGCAUUUGCACCCAUGCAUGGCACACCAGCUUCUGUCUCACAGGAUUCCCGAAGGCAACGAACGGAUGCGCAGCAGCAAAGAUACUUUUCCGAGAGCGACAGCGACUGACAAGUAGACCAAAAUUUAUCUGCAUCUAUGUAAGGAAGAGGCCAGGAAUGUACUAACAAGUUCAUCUGCAGUUGAUAGUGUAGGCUGUCUUCUUCAUCUCAAGCUGAAAACAUCCCGAGUCAUUUUGGUUGUUUCGAUAGAUUCAACUCGAGAUCUGCGGUUGGUUUCGAUUGAACUGAACUUUUGUUACCUCUAGAUUCAGAUGAUGUUAAUGACUGAAAGAUCUUGGAGAUGGAUAGGCUUUUUUGGCCUCCUUUCUAAGUCUCUGAAAUAAGACAAGACCAAUUGAGGGAGCUUGGUGAUGGAUAUAUAUAUAUAUGUAAUACACAGCUUUGGAUCUUAGGCUUUUGUUACAAUUGUAUUCAAUUUUGAGCUUCUUAUUACUCUUGAA